AUGGAUUUUAAACAACAAGCGAAAAAGGAAUAAAAUUUCUACUCAACAACUUAGAAAAAUACAACUUGCUUUUAAAACUAGAUAGAAAGUGAUAUGCAAUUACAACAAACAAAAAGACAAGCAAAUAUCUAUUGCGAAGAAGUGCUACCAAGUUCAGGAGCUCGUAGAGAAGAUCAUAAUGUCUUUUUUACAGCUCUGACUAAACUAUUCAAGCACAUCAACUAGCUCUAUAGAGAAGAUAAACAGAUUUAAAGUGAGGAUCUAAAUGAUUACACAACUAAAUCAACCUAGGUAAAAGUCAUCAUAGAAAACCUUGAGUAAUAUAAGCAACACCAUCCAAGUUACUUUGAAAAUUAAAAUAACUUUAACUUAGGAUCAAUUUACUUUAACAUGACUUAUAAAAGCUUCUUUUUUGGUCUAUUUUACUCCAUCCUAUAGUCAGUCUUAAGCUGUGGAUGUAUUCUAUUGAUGGAUAUCAUAACUGACAAAUUGAAAAACUAUUAAACUACUUAUGAUGAAAAGAGAGACAUUUGUCUUUUGUUAGCAGCUGUUGCAGUAGCUUACAUAUUAAAGAACAUAUUUUUCUCUCGUUAUAUGUGGUAUUAAGCAUAAUGGAAGGCAAAUGCAUAAGCAACUCUGCAAUAUCUAGUCUUUAGCAAAUCUUUAAGGACCCAGGUUUCUACUUCAAGCACAGGUUAAGGUAACGAAUAGGAAUAAUCAAACGAAACAGAAGAAAAUCCAAAUGCAAACAACAUCAUUACAGUUGACAUUGAUUAAUAGCAACAAUUAUUCUGGGCAUUAAUUCAAACAACAUAAAGUAUAGUAACCAUUUUAAUAGUCUUGCUAUUUAUAUACUACAAAAUGGGAAAAUCAAUCUUACAUGGACUCUAUAUUCUCUUAGGCUCGACUGUAUUCAACAUAGUCAUCACUCAUUUUCUAGGGGUUUGCUUUGAUAAACAAUUUUAGCAGAAGGAUCAAAGAGUAUCUCUGUGUAAAGAUGUCAUUGAUGCAAUGAAGAGCAUUAAAUAUCUUUGCUGGGAAGAUAUCUUCAAAAGAAAAAUAUAAAAAAUACGUUCUCGGGAAUUCAAAUAAGUAACUGCAAUUAGAAUCAUUGAUGGGGUACUGGGAGUGUUUUGGAACUGUCUUAGCUACUUUUUACUGUUUUUCUUUUUAGUUAACUACGUCGAUGAUGGAAAUAUUUUAGCUGACUGUAAUGUAUUCACUAUUAUAGCUUUAUUUGGUAUAUUAACUGAUCCCAUUAGUCUUAUUCCUUGGUGCGUAGGAGACUUAGUCAAGUGUAGAGUCUCGUUUAAAAGAAUAAAGAAAUUCUUAAAUUAAAAUUAAAUCAACCACAAUAAUACUGCUGAUUUGGAUGAAAGAAAUUAAGUUAAUCAGAGCAGCUUUUUUGAUAGCGCAGAAAAUGAUACUACCUAGAUUGCUAUUUAAAUAAAGAAAAAGAUAUUCAAAUGGCCUAGUUUUAAAUCUGUAAGCCAUGAUAAUUACAAAGAUUUAAGUAAAAAAUCUAAGGUGGAAUAACUAAAUGAUAAUCAGCAAUCAUUACUUUAAAAUUAGUAUGAAAGCUCAAAUGUUUAAGGCACUUCAAAUUUCGAAUUGAAAAUUCAUGAUUUAACCAUUUAAAAAGGAGAAAUGGCAAUUAUCAUUGGAGAAAUAGGGUCAGGAAAGUCAGCACUCUUGUAAGGUAUUUUGAAUGAGAUGGACAUAGAAUAGAUGAAUAUUCAGGAUUCUCUCAUUUCUUCAAAUAAUCAAAGCUUUUAAAAUUAAGAGAGAUUGCUUAACUUUGAAAAGAAAUUAAUUGUGAAUGGAAAGAUAGCUUAUGUUUCUUAAAAUCAUUGGCUGUAAAAUAAAACUAUUAAAGAAAAUAUUUUAUUUGGUUCAGAAUAUGAUUCUUUAUGGUAUAAUCAGUGUAUAGAAUGUUGUGAUCUGAGAGUAGAUUUCGAUUCAUUUUAGAAGAAAGACGAUAAGUUAAUCGGACCUGGAGGUUGUAAUCUAAGUGGAGGAUAAAGACAGAGGAUAGCUAUUUGCAGAGCUCUUUAUUAGAAGUGCGAUAUAUAUCUAUUUGAUGAUAUCUUAAGCAGUUUAGAUGCUCAUGUUGCAGAGAAGGUUUAUUAACAAGUAAUUCUAGAAACUCUUAUCAAAAAGCUUAAAAAAACUGUUCUAUUAGUGACGAGUCAUUUUAGUAUCUUCUCAAAUAGAGAGAUGAUUAGCAAGAUUUUCUAUGUCUAAAAAGGUUCCUUAGUCUCUAAUUAAGAAGAAAUAGAAAAAUUUAUUCUUAGCGGAUAAAGCCAAUUAAAAGAGUAGGAAGAAGCUAAAAAGCUUAGAGAGUAGACCGAAAUUCAAGAAGAAUUCAACCAAUAAGAUUUGACAAAUGAAUUAAAUGAAAUGAUGAAUUGUUAAGAAACAGAAAUCUAAAAUGAAAAAAUAAAAAAUCUUGAAUUUAAUAAAAAUAAAGAAAGAGAUUUUGAAGAAAAGCAAAAGAAGAAAUACACUGAUGAAGAUGAAGAUUAAUAGCAAGAUGACGAAGAAGAAAGAGAAAAGGGAAAUAUUAAACUAAAAACUUUGACAACUUACAUGAAAUACGCAAAUUAUUUCCUGCUUGUGAUAUUCUUCAUAGCCAAUUUUAUGAUGUAAGGGUCUCAAAUGAUCAUAGAUUUCUGGCUUAGAGACAAAGUUUCGCCAUCAAGCACAUUUUUUGAAGAUAUAAAUAAUAUCUUUAAAUCAUUCACAGACACAUUUCUAUUCUUUAUUUUCUUGAAUUUAGGAAUGACUGCUCUAAGAUCUUUUUUCUAUUGUCUAUGUGCGCUUCUUAGCAGCAAAAAAAUAUUUUCAAAACUAAAUUCAUCGAUUAUCUUCAGUAAAAUGAAAUUCUUCGAUCAAAAUUCCCCUGGAAGAAUUAUAAAUAGAAUUUCUGAUGACAUUUUCACUAUCGACUAAGAUUUACCAUGGAACUGUCACGUCUUUUUAGAAUAAUUAGCCUAUACCUUUGGAUAUUCUAUUGGCAUUUUGAUCUAAUUCCCAUGGUUGGUAGUUUUUGUCUUGGUAUCUUUAGUUUUCAUCUACUUUAUUUAAAAGUUCUUUAGACACUCUAAUAGAGAAAUCAAAAGGUUAAAUUCUGUGAAUUAGGGGAGAUUGUUAAAUGCUUUGGAUGAGGCAGAUAAAGGGUUAAUUUUAAUCAGAGCUUUUGGUAAAGAGAGACUUAUUUUAAAAGACUAUUUGGAAAAACUAAAUGAUAGUGUUAACAGUUUUCUAAUUUCUUAAACUAUAUAGAUAUGGAUGUCUAUUAGGUUAUUGUUUGUGAGCAACUUCUUGUUCAUUUGUGUGGUGAUAACUGGUAUGAUAUUUAUUUUAGGCGAAAUAGAUUUCAAUUAUACUACAGUUUCUAUGUGUCUUACAUAUUCUAUCCUUCUAUCAUCUAAAUUUUCUGAUCUUGUACAAUAUUUUUGUAAUACUGAAUAAUAUUUAGUUUCUGUUGAGCGUAUAAGGUAAUAUUUCAACAAUGAUAAAGAGAAUCUUUUAGAAGUACAGCAAAAUCAAAAAUUUACAAAUGUUCAAAUACAGCCUUCUAAUAAUAAUGAAUAAUAAGAUUUUGAAAUUAAGUUUGAUGAUGUUUACUUAACUUACGAUAACAUUAAUGAAAGCACAGAUAUAUCAAAAGAUUCAAAAGAAAUUCAAUUUGCUCUCAAAGGAUUUAAUCUAAAAAUAAAGAAAGGUGAAAAAAUAGCUUUCUGUGGAAGAACAGGUUCUGGAAAAACAUCUAUUUUUAAUACUCUUUUUAACAUGUAUCCCAUAUAGCAUGGUAACAUACACUUAAAGAGUAAAAACAUUUAAUCUUUUUGCUUGAAAGACCUGAGAUAAUAAAUGUCUAUUAUUCCUUAAUUUGGAUUUCUUUACAAUGCAAGUUUAUAAGAUAACUUAGAUCCUGAAGGCAAAAUUCCUCGAUAAAUAAUUCAGUAAAAAGUAGGAGAAACUAACUUAAAAAUAAGAAAUCAUUCAGAAUCAGAGGAUAAUGAGUCUAAUAAAUAGAAAUAAAUGAAGGAAUAUUAAAGUGAAGUUAUUGAAAUUGAUUAGCAAAAUGAUGAUAUGCUAGACUUUGAAGUUGAAGAAGGUGGUCAAAAUUUAUCGAAUGGUGAAAAAUAAGUUGUAAACUUUUUAAGAAUAAUACUUAGAGAAGCAGAUAUAGUAUGCUUGGAUGAAGCAACCUCAAACAUGGAUCCGAAAACAGAUGCUGAAUUACAUAAAUAAAUAUUUAAAUUCACAGAAAAUAAAACACUGUUAGUCAUAACUCAUAGAUUAGAAAAUAUUGAAUUAUUUGAUAGAGUAGCAGUACUUGAUUAAGGAAAGAUAGUUGAAUGUGGACAUGUAAAUGAUUUAAGGAAAAUACAAGGAGGUUUUUUCAAUAAAUUGAUAAAGAAAUCAUAUGAUUGA